AUGGCAUCAUUUAUGGAUUUGGGUGAACAUCUACAAACCGAUGGUAUCAAAUGGGCAGAACGUUGCCAUGCCAUUACUGGAAUUACCGAAGAAGAAGUUGAAGAUGCCAUGAAAGGAAUAUUUCCAGACACAUUGGGGCCAUACAUUACUUGUCUUUGGUUAACAUCAGAAGCGAUGACCGCAACUAUGGAAAUCGUACCGGAAAAACUGAAAUAUUAUUUGAACGAUAAGGUUAUUAAAUCAGAUGAAAUUGCCCAAUAUGUUCCAUGUGCUGCUAAUGCCAGAAAAUUAGUAAUGAAAAUAAAUAUAAAAUUUUUUACAUCAUCUCUAGCAUCAUUAUAG